AUGCUAUUUCUUCUACAAAAAUAUGCUGAGAAGCUCUUAAAGUAUAUCCUGGUGUUUCAAACAAUCAUCGACGGCUUAAACGAAGAUUAUAUCGUUCUUGAUGACCUAGAGGAUACGGGCAUGGUGAGAUACCUAAAUGCGUGUGAAAAAGAUGCGGAUAAAUGCAUAUUAACGUGCGUUAUGAAGAAUUUCGAGAGAAUAUAUCCUUUGAAGGGCACCAGUGACCAAAAGAAAACUUUAGCCAAUGGCACAUCGUAUUAUUUCAGUCAUGUUUUCGGCUUCAAAAAGCUUGAAUAUGAACCAUAUUAUAUUCUGAUUGAAAAGGAUAAAAAUAUCAAAUACAAAGUCAUUAAGGUUCCAUUGCAUAGGCCAUUCUUCAUGAAGAUUAUGAAACUAUCGCAGCAUCAUAUUCCCACUUUUACAACUGACGAAAUAUGCACCAUCAUUACUGAUAUUCUACCAUACAAGGACAGGGCAGAAUUGCUCGCACACUCAAUAUGUUCACAUUUGCAAAAUAAUCCCGAUCUUGUUCAUGAGCUGAUUGGUUGUGUGAAUAACCCAGAAUCCUCACACUAUAGCCCACAAACAAGGUUCCUUUCAUCGGUCGUGUUUAAUACAAACCGCACUAGAGACAGCUUCAGCGACAUAUUAAGCACCCGAGUUGGUUUUAAAUUGGUGAGUCAAAAGGACAGUGAUAGUGUAAUAUAUGCCUAUGCUGGCCAAAAAUGCCCAGGAAAAGUCUUUUUCUUUGUUUCAAUCAAUCGCUUGACCAUAAAGUUUCUAAUUAAACAUCUUGAAAUGAGUUACUAUAGUUUCAAAGAAAAUCAAGAUGCACUGAACUCAAUUUUUUGCAAAGAACCGAAAGAGUUGCUAGAAUCCGUCAAAAUUUACGCUAUUAACAACGAAAUAGAUACAGUCAUGCCAGAUUUGACAUCUGAAAACCAAAUUCUUUCACAUAAGCUCAGCGUAAUAACACAAUCCAGGUUCCUUUUAGCCGGAAAUAUUGGCAGCAUCGGUCUACAAUUCGCUCAUUUCAAGAAAAAGUUUGAUUUCACAUGCCUUAAUCAUCUGAAAAUGCUAAAUGAUAUUAUAUGUUGGAAAUGCUCGCUCAACUUUGUCAAAUCUAUACCGGAACAAAUCAAUAUUGAAAUGUAUCUAUCAGAGGAUAAAACAGACAACCUAUUCAAAGAGACACCAAGUAAUAUCGUAAAUGUGUCAUAUAGCAACUGCGAUAUAAGCGAUUGCUCAAAAAUUUCUGGAAAAAUACGAUCUAUCACUAUCGAUUGCUGUCCUAUUGACUCAAAUGACGUACUUUCCUUCGGUAAGAACUAUGAGAAUGUCACGGUAAAGACGAGAAAACCAAUAAAAAUUGAAAUGAAUGGUUAUGUUGGAUUUGAAGAAGUGUUUUUGGGUGAUUCUAAAAAUUCUGUUUUCAAAUUCAAUAAAGAGCCUGUAACUCAUCGAGGCGUUCUGGAACUGAUUGAUGCCAAAAUCAUGGAAAUGGCGAUGCCAAUAACCAUUUCAGAGAAUAUACACGAGGCAACGUUUGAAUGUGUUCAAUUGUUAUCGGACUCAACCAUCGUGUUUCCGCAUACAGGUCAAAGCAUUCAAAUAUCACGAUCACAAGGUCUUUUCGAUUUGGAGGCUUACAUAGGAUUUAAACAGUUGUUCACAUAUAAUAUGGCGGUUAAAGUGCUUCCCAUUCAAAAUUCAGAAAUAAGUCUAUCUUACAUCUUGCUGCGCAACAUUCAACUGGAUCAGAACAUCAUAUUGCCUAAUAAUUAUGAAUAUGUUGUGUUAGAGAACGUCGUUGUGGAUGAAAACGCGUCAGUAUUGUUGAAUAAAGCAUGUAAAAGGCUUGUGAUCAGUGGAUGUAGCGGGACAUUCAAUAUAAGCGAUGCAGAAUACUUUGAGAACAUUACUAUAUGUUAUUCUAUAUACAAAGAUAAUGACAUUAGAUUUGUUGGCUCGCGAGUUGUCAACCAUCUUCAUCUUCGUAAUAUUUGUGGGAAUGUGGAAGUUGUUAAAUCUCAGCUUAAGUGCUUUAAACAGGUAAAACAUCUGCAGUUUACAUUUAAUUACUCAGACGAAGCGGAUGACAUAGGUAGUGAUGUAAACUUGAGCACCAUAUUUGAGAAUAUAUUCGGUAAAAGUGUGAAUCCUGUGCCCGAAUAUUUACCAUCGCAUGAGGACUGCUAUCUCAAAACGGCUUAUAAGAAAUCAGAAUUUGCGGUGAAUUUCAUUUUAAGUGAGAUCUUCACCGAAAAUUUCAUUGAUUCCGUUACCGAAUUGGAACUAACAUCUAUUACAAUAACACCAAACAAUUACGACCUGGUAAAUAGUUUAUCAAAUUUAGCAAUACUUAAGAUCCGGUCAGCAAGCCUUACCUACAAUUUUUUUAAAUGCUUGCCGAUAGACCUCAGAAUACUCGAUGUCUCUGGUUCACACAUUUUCUAUGAAAGUGCAGAACAUAAUACCUGUAAUGGCCGAAGGAACUAUUCAAAUAACGUUAAAAUCGCAUCACUUUCUGCAAAAGUUUUGUUCCAACUACCAAAUAUCGGUCUCUUGCUGCCAUCUCUCAUGAUACUUAAAAUUCAAUUUGAUCCGAUGUGUAAAGCUGAUUAUAUUGUACAUGAUGACGUAAUACAGCUGGAAGAACUGUUUAUUGAGUGUAAAGAAGAAAUGAUUAAUCUGAAAUCGCCAACGAUAGAAAAACAAGAAUUUAUCGCAUUUGUCCGUUUGUUAUCACGGCGUAUCGACCUUCGUUUUCUAAAAUAUUGUACACUUGUUUCGGAGGAAAGUUCGAUUGUGAUCAAUCCUUUAACCUUUGAAGUUCUCACUGCGAAAACAAUGUGCCAGCCCAAUGAUCCCGAUUCAAUAAAAAUCUGCAAAGAACCAAAAUGA